AUGAAUCAGUAUUUCCUUUUCACGAAUCGCGUCAUCGUUGAACUUUUUCCACUUCCGUAUCCUGUUCGGGGCGUCGACGGCGGCCUCGCCGGUGGGGCCGCUCAUGCGACCCGGCCGAGAGACCGGAGCCCAGGUCAUUUGACCAGCCUCCAGUUUGUUCACCUUUCUCUUUAUCGAGACCCCAUGCGAAGCGAAAUCUGA